CUCAAUAAUACGGCGCCAAAUAGUGUCAACACCACCGCCAAAGUCAAGCCUAAACCUCCCGUUCCGUACAAACCUCCGGGACUUAACCUCAAGUCGGCGCCCAUUAAGCAAACAUUGCGAACAGCUAAAAAUACCGGUAAUACCAAUAAUAAUGAUGAUAAUAAUAGCGACCUACCGGGCCGGCCAAGGAUUGUCAUUGCAAGUGAUACGGCGAGUCUUAAGUCGGAGACCAGUUCCAUAUGCCGUCCCCUCAAGUUGAGCACCGGUACCCCAGGUACUGAUACUAUGGAGGGGAAAGACAGCUUAUCUAACGACAACUUUAACGCCAAUAAUAAUAGCGUUUAUAAUGCGUGCGAAUUAAGCGACGGUACGAUUGCCAGUCGGUCGACACGUUUCCCGACUAUCGGACAAUGUUCCCGGAAUAAUGCCUCCCAGGAUAGUGAACAUACCGUUUGUUGCAAUAACCUGGCUGUUAAUCUGUAUCAGAAAGCGCUUGAGUCGGCUAAAAGGGCCUUGCCUAUUAAGUCCAAACAUAAUCAACGCCCGUUCCCACGCAGUUUCGGUGAGGACUUCGAGAGCAUAGGCCCGGAAGGGUUCAACUACUUAGACGACGGCCAGACUGAGUGCUCGUACGACUACCGGGACGUCGACUUUAACCGGGACUCCAUUGUCUGUCACGACGUGUUGGCACAGUUAGCCGCUGGCGUACCGGUGCUCAUCGAGGACCGGGAGCCCCUGAACCUCGCGGACAUGCAACACAAGUAUGGCCUACCGGACGAGCCGGAAAGGGUACAGCCGUACGUACCGCCCGGUGCCAGACCUCCCACGAGUGAUGGUGUUAUUGUUAAGCCUAUGGGGAAAGGGGUGUCUAAACCGGAUGUGGCUAUUAAUAAGGACUCGGAUUCCACUACCGAGGCGUCAAAUACCAGUACCAAUGCCCUGGCGUCUGGUAUUAUAGUUGUUAACAGAGAUACCGGUGCUCUGACUGAGGAUGAUAAGCGAUCGGAAGUCAGUGCCAUAAUUACCAGCCUUACCACUACUCCAGCAAAAACUACUUCGCAUAACAUACCGGUGCCCAAGCCAUCGACAUCGCUAUCAAAGUCCAGGCCUAUGGUGUUGAACGUAAACCCAGAGCUGACAGCACCGGUAGAUAAUAAUAACAAACCCGAAAACGUGACUAGAGCAUUUACCGUAACGCCCGUUGAUGUUAACGCUAACCCUAUGGGCACAUCUCUGGAUAAACCUACCGGUGCCGCUCAAAGCGUGUUCGUACCGGUGGUUAUAGCACCGGUAGUCGAUAUGGACAGCCUGGCCAAACGGACUUCCCAACUAAUCAUCGAUACGGCGAUCCAGGAGUCGAUACAAAAAGCUAGAGUCUCACCAAAAAUGUCGGAAAACAUGGAAAACAGUAAAAACGAGUCGAAAAUGUUGGACAAGAAGUCGUCUGCCGAGUCGUCGAAAGAGCUGAAAAGGGAGCGAAAACUGCUGGAGAAGCGGCUCCGGGAGGAGGAGAAGUGUCGCCGACGGCAGGAAAAGGAGCUCAAGAAGGAGGAGCGUAAGGAACGGCAGUCGCUGUUCGCGAGGUUCCGGUCCGACGAUCGCCAGAAGCAGAAGAUUAUGAAAAAACAGAAGGAAUUCGAGAAAAUGAGACAAAAAACGGCCAAAAAGUCACCGAAAACUGCGGUCAAACCGGACGAUGGGGUCGACAUCGAGGCCGACGAUGAAUACGAGGGUCCAGGCGCUGAGACACCAGUGCCGCCUACCCGUGCGCCGCACUCCUACGAGGACGUGGAGGUCUGUGAGGGCGUUAGUGUCGAGAGGGUUGACAUUGAAAAGUUGAAAACCGAGCUAAAUGUCGAGGACCUGACCCUUACAGCACCGGUAGCUCAGCCUAAAGGACAGGUAGUCGAGGAUACCGUGAAGUAUGAGUUUAUAGAGAAUAUACGCGAAAUAGGCGUUACGUAUAUGCCGUCCGCUGACGAUGAGAGUGAGGACACGGAUGCAGCCGUACCCACACCUACCGGCGCUAAGACUGAGACCAAGGAUCGCAAGUCGAAACUCAAGGGGAAAGUUAUGCCGAAAACGUCGUUCCGGGCGCUGAAGUCGAAAGUCCGGGAGAUAUUCCCCACGAAAAAAUCCACCCCUAAGUGGGGCCGAAAAGCUACCGGCGCUGUCGAACAGGUGGAUAUACCGCAGAUACAGGUGGUGGUGGUUGACGAGCCCCAGCACCCGGAGCUCGUGGACAUACCCUCAGCCACGCCCACCCCUACGAACUUCCAACAGGAGUACGAAAACAUUACCGACGAGUCGAUAGCCACGUCCAUCGACACCUCCCUCACGACUACCGGUGCCGCCACCGACAGCUCCACCUAUAAUAUGUCGCAAACCAGUGGCACGUCCGGUGUAUCCACUGUAGUGGCCAGGGAUGAGGCACUGGUAGACGGCGCUAUGACUACUGGCGCCGGUAUGGCUUCGCAGUACGAGACAGAGGAGGAGGACAUAGAGGAGCAGCAGUUCCUGGAAAGGGUGUCCCGCGUGGAGUCACCUAAAGGUGGAAAGGGAGCCAAAAAGCACCGGAAGUCCAAGUCUAAGACCCGGGCAAAGUUGGACCGCUUUAAGGCUAAGGCGAUGGAAAGCCUACCGAAACUUACGACCCUUAUCGGCGAUAUGAUUACACCCCGGCGCGGGUCAACCGGUCGCGCCACUCGACACGACAUAGAGUACGAGUCCUUUAUGGCCAGCCGUCACCUCCCGUCCCGCUAUGACAACGACUUUGACUGCGUGUCCGACUCAGAGCUCUGCGAUUCGCUGCAUAGACGGUCUGGUGGUUACGGAGCACCGGGAGGUCACCGGAAUCACGUGUACGAGGAGAUGGCUGCCACUCAGGAGCGCCUGGACUCCUAUAUGAGCCCCAUAUCCGGCCCACUGAGACCCCCGCGCAGGUUCUCCGGCAUGAAGUACGGGUCGAAAGUAGCCUCCAGUCCCACCCUAAGCACGCAAGUCAUGGUUAGGCCUAAACGUAUACCGCCUCCCAGGCCGCCACCUCCCCGGCCCAUCGCACCGGCAGUCUCGAUAACAGUGGACACGGACUCCAACUCCAGUUCCCUGAAUAAGCAGCACCGGUAUCGCAAACAACGAGUGCCGCCUAAUAUAUACUACACUAACGUUAGGCUCAACUAUAAGCCUAAGCGCCGGUUCAUCACAGGGAGGGCCCGUUCCCCUCCACGGCAUCGUAUACUACCUACCGGUGCUAUGGCUACGUACGACAAGCCACCCCUCCCGGUGCCGGUGCUACCCGGCCACCAGCGAGGUGUGCCCACGCGGGUACAGGUGCUGAACGCUAUCAACGCGCGAUUGGCCCCAAACGCGGUGGUUAAGUCGCAAACACUACCGGUGCUGAACGGUAUGGUCGUCGACACGGCACCGAUCAUCGGAGCUACCGGUGCCACCAGAAACUGGACGCCGACACCACCGCCCCGGCGCCGGCGUAUGGCUGAGCGCAGUCACACCGUCGACCCCCAACAGGCGCUCGAUUGGCGGCCAUUCACGUGGAAAUGGCGCCGAUGCCGGUCCCUCACGGAACUUGAUGUCCGUAACAGUCGUCCCGACUUGUCUACCGGUGCUGUCAAACCGCAGACACCAAUUACGCGACGCACCGGUAGCCCAGAUCCCGGGCCACCGCCACUGCAACCCAAAAUUAUUAGGACAAUCACCAAACGACCCGCCCGUCCACCCCCUCCUACCGCUAUCCCCCACUCGCUGUCCACUUCCGUACUGUCCUCCACUACUACCUGUCCCUCUACUACCAGUCCGCCCACUGGUGCUAACUAUAGACCCUUUAUCUCAAAUAACUAUCACAUCUACUCUACUGUAUGUAAAGGUACGGACGAUCCGCCUAAAGCUACCGGCGCUGCUGUCGCGACACCCGAUUGGUCCCGACGCCCCCUACCGGCCCCUCCCCGGCCUCCCAAACCGCAACCCCGGCGCCCGAGUACGGGCACCGGUAGUCCGCGCACUAGGGAUGUGAGUAUCAGCACCAAAGACAAUGGCUUUAUCCUGACGUGCGAUACGUCGACUCAAUUGGACGCCCGGAACAACUCGCUCUGGGAGGACAUGAAUGGGAACGACAUGUUAGGCCCGGGCGGCGAGGAUCUCAACAAAACGCCUACCAAUCCCCUGACGCCUACGACACCGACUAACCCGCCGUUCCCCGCGUCGGACGCGGCCAAUCACCAGCAGUUUGUUCAGCAGUACACUGGCGCCGCCGAUCGCACCGUUAGCCUCAGCUCCACCACGUGGUAUGACGCGGAGAACGCACCGGUGGAUGGGGCCGGACCUACUGGCCGGCCCUAUAGGGACUGGGAUCAGGACACACUCAACGACGAUAUAUCGUCGAUAACCUCUAACUACCAGUCGUUUGCGUCGGAAUACCACUCCCGUCAGGAAGAGGUGGACGAGGAGUGCGACGAGUAUAGGGAUAGGGAGGGCACGCCGGUGGCCGAGGUGGUGGACGUGGAGGACGUGGGAGGGGUGGCACCGGUGCCGCAGCCCCUGUCGUCCGAGUAUGGGUCCGGUGUAAGGCCUGCAUACAAAACAGCGGUCAGAUCCCAGUCCACUCGUGCGACCCCUACAGACGUCAACCCUCCCUCCCGGCGCUCACUACCCGUAAACAUGAUGGCCGACCAGUCGGGUGUUGGUGACGACACGGGCGAUGCCGUACCGGACGAACCCAUGGGCCCCGGUAUGACUCGGGCCCUACACUCGGAGCUAAAGGGAAUUAUCGACAAACGGGUGUCCAGUGCCUCAUCGGCCCUAACAGUCAAACAGGAGUACGAAAACAUUACCGACGAGUCGAUAGCCACGCCCGUCGACGUUUUCGGCAUAACUUUCCCCUUGAGUUUCGACUUGCGAUCCUUGGUCUCAGUCUUAGCACCGGUAGGUGUGGGUACGGCUGCAUCCGUGUCCUCACUCUCAUCGUCAGCGGACGGCAUAUACGUAACGCCUAUUUCGCGUAUAUUCUCUAUAAACUCAAACUUCACGCUCGGUUUUCAACUUUUCAAUGUCAACCCUCUCGACACUAACGCCCUCACAGACCUCCACGUCCUCGUAGGGGUGCGGCGCACG